AGGACCAUCCCUUUCCCAUCCAUCCAUAUUUGAUGGUUCCACAAGGUGUUGCCCCCACAGUCCACAGCCAUAUCUACACUCCCACCUCCUCCCUCACAGGGCUUGUGGAAGAGGUGUGCCUGCCUUGGUCUUGCCUUCUUGGUCACCCACUUUGCCUAACAUGGGGAACGAAGAAGAGCUGCUUGUCCAAAGGAUCUCAGAGAUCUGUGACAGCAUCUCAAAGCUCCCCAGCCUGAGCCCAUCCGAGGAUGUGGACAAUCUCUUCACUGAACUGGUCCACUUAUGCAUCCCUGUGAUCCCCAUAGAUGUGGUCAAGCUGAGCUCGGAGGUGCAGGCCAUGAGAUCCAAGCUCAUCAAGCUCUGUGGCGAGGCUGAAGGCCUCUUGGAGAGCCACUACUCCGAUGUGCUGACUUCUUUCGACAAUCCUCUCGACCAUUUGAGCCUCUUUCCUUACUACUCCAACUAUCUCAAGUUGAGCCAUUUGGAGUACUCCCUGCUGUCGAGGUACGUGGCAAGCCCGCCGGCCAGGGUGGCGUUCGUCGGCUCCGGCCCUCUGCCGCUAAGCUCCGUCGUGCUGGCCGCGCGCCACAUGCAGGAGGCGGAGCUCCACAACUACGAUCUGGACGCGACGGCCAACGCCCGGGCCCGUCGUCUGGUACAGGGCGACCCCGGCAUGGCGGCUCGCAUGGCGUUCCACACCGAGGACGUCCUCGCCGUGACCCACGCGCUGCGGGGCUAUGACGUGGUUUUCCUGGCGGCGCUGGUGGGGAUCGGCCACGACGACAAGAUCCGCGUGGUGGACCACCUUGCGCGUCACAUGGCCCCCGGUGCCCUCCUGGUGGCGCGAAGCGCCCACGGCGCUCGGGCCUUCCUGUACCCGGUGGUGGAGCCGGCGGACCUGAAAGGCUUCGAGGUGCUCACGGUGCACCACCCCGCCGACGAGGUCAUCAACUCGGUGAUCGUCGCUAGGAAGCCGCAAGGCGGCCAUGCAGCCGGCGCGACGGCCGUGGUGAGGCCCUGCAAGUACUGUGAGAUGAUGCAGGGCUUCCAUCACUUUGGCCAUGGAACCAUGAUGGAGGAGGUUGCACUGGAAGAGCUUCCCUCCUGAGAGAAGCCUUUCUCCACCUAAAGAAAGCACUGAAGUCCAGUGCAUCUCUAACUGUUCUUACGUGAGAUGGCGUACGUACUGCUACCUCUUCUUGGUUUGCUUUCGAUUGAUCAGGGAAUAAGUGGCAAUUUCCUCCUUGCUUGUCAGGUGUGGACUAAGCUUUCAUUUCGACUUCCCAUUUAGUUUGUGACUCAACGUCUGCUUAUCACUGUUAGCGAUCAGUAAAGAUCAGAUUUUAUGGCUUUUCAUUA